UAUAUUAGAAAAUUCGAUAUAUAUGAAAAUAUAAGGAAAUUUAUUGUUGUAUUUUUAUUUUGUCUACCAAUAACACUGAUUUGGAAUAAAAUGAUACUGUAACUAUUUUUACUUGUAACAAUUCAUCUUCUUGAAAUUAAAAUAUAGAAUUGUCAUUAACAUUAUGAGUUCAUUGACUGAUUUUGGACCAGACUCUGGAGGUCGAAUGAAGGGAGUAAUAAUAAUCAAACCCAUUGUGUAUGGUAAUAUAGCAAAGUACUUUGGUAAGAAACGUGAGGAAGAUGGCCACACUCAUCAAUGGACUGUUUAUUUAAAACCAUUUAAUGAUGAAGAUACUUCAACAUAUAUUAAAAAAGUACAUUUUAAAUUGCAUGAAAGUUAUGCAAAUCCAAACAGAAUAUUAACAAAACCUCCAUAUGAAGUUACAGAAACCGGUUGGGGAGAAUUUGAAAUCGUUAUUAAAGUAUAUUUCCAUGAUCCUACAGAGCGGCCACUUACUAUAUAUCAUAUUUUAAAAUUGUUUACAUCUACCAUUCCUGAUUCUGGUUCAAAUUUGGCACUUGUCACACCUCAACAAGGUUUGGUAUCUGAAUCAUAUGAUGAGAUUUUGUUUCAAGAUCCAACUCAAUUGAUGCAACAACUUUUAUUAGCUGCCACUAAACCUGAAAGCAAAAGUGUUAUAAAACAUGAUACUGAUUUCGAGGAGAAAAAAAAGAAAACCUUGCAAACUAUAAUCGAAGCAAAAUCAAAUGUGAAGAAAGAUAUAGCUCAACUCAAGGAUAAAUUGAAAUUAGCUAAAGAAACUAUUGGAAAGUUUAAAAUGGAAAUUGCACAAGUAAAGAGCAAUACUGCAUAAAUUCAAUUAUAGAAAUGAUAAUUUUUAUUACAGAUUUUAUUGCAAUAAUAAAUAUUUAAUGUGAAUAAUUUAUAUAGCUUUGUAAGUUUUGUAACUAAAAUAAAUGUUAUUUGUUGAUAC